AUGGCCUCACUAUCCACUCUCGCUGAAGACAUCAUGCAUGGCAUAUGCGAAUACCUCACGCCCCGCGACAUUUUCCAACUCACCCUCACUCAGAAACGCUUUGCAACGUCAUUUGAGCGAAGUCUCCUGCUGCACCGCGAUUUAGCAUCGCAAACAUACACCGCGAUGCUAGCAGCCAUUAUCAGAAAUGAAGUAGACCGGGUCGAGGAACUCUUACAACUCGGCUACGAAGCUAAGUUUGCCUGUUCAAGGUCUUUGCUUGCCUGCCCGGCCGACUUUGACUUCCCAGUCAACAAUCUGAUGCUUCAAGCGCCGUCAAACGUUGCCAUUAGAAGGCAGGGUCUGGCUGCGCUCGUGAUUGAGCGCCUGUAUCGUCCCGCGUGCGAUACGCACAAGAUCUGGAUAAACUACUCCGUCCUGGCCCACGCCAUCUUAGAAGACCAGGUCGAAACCGUCAGACUCCUUCACAAGUACGGCGCAGAUUUGGAAAAGCCGCUGCUGCAGGUCUUUGCGUUCCGUGGCAUGCCAGCGGAUGUUGAUCACCACAUCAGUGUCCUGCACCUGGCGAGCAGCAGUGCCAUGAUCGAGACACUCUUAGAGCUUGCCCCGAACAUUCCCAUCGACAAGGACAGAUUCAUGCGCACAGAACCGUUGCUUCUCUGGCAUGUCGAGAGAGGCACAGAUGUCAGAGGCCUCCGGCGACUGUUGGAAGCUGGCGCUCAUGUCGACGGGGCACGUCCGGCGACACAGCGGAUCGGCUUUUGCCAGUGCGAACAGGAGGACACCUUGCACGUCUUUCUAGAUCACAAAUCACCGCUCGAGGCCGCCAUAUGGAACCUGGACCGGGAUGCCGUUGAGCUUUUGCUAGAGCACGGGGCGUCGACGGUGUACCCGCCCAAUGACACCGGCGAAGCGACUUGUCUACACGAAGCGAUAAGAAUCUUCCUCCUGGAGCACAAGCCGGAGGAUCUAGAGGUCAGCUUGCAGAUAUUUCGCCUCCUGCUAGACCACGGGUUCGACGUCAACCACGAAUACAUCGAGUGGGCGGGGUGGACACCUGAGGGUACGCGCCUCCAGCCAACAGGAACCAGAAUCAACCUGGUGGUGGACAGCCUCAUCUACUACGCAUCCACCGAAAUGUUCCAGCUUCUCCUCGACGCCGGAGCAGAUCCAUUCAACGCGUCGGGUGUGAGGCCAGGAGACAAAAGCUACGUCGUCAUGCUCGGCUUGUCCUCGUCGGUAGCGAGAUUGUAUCCCACGAAUAUGACCGAGCCCGAAAGGGUGUCCCUACAGAGCGCAAAGCUGAAAGCACUAAUCGCCAAGAGAGCAGAGUCAGACCCCAGCGGCCGCGACCGCAGGUUGUUAUUCAUGGCUGCCUUGGAAAUAUCUCGACCGUCGGAACUCCAUCAGGUGUUCAAAGUUCUUCAGAAAGUCUUUGGAUCGUUCGAAGAGGAGCUCAGCCUCCUCGCAGACACCAUGGGCCGAGUGAAAAUGAUCCCAGGAGUCCUUCAAGAGAGCCGACAGAUCAUUGAGUUUCUCAUCCGCUGCAGAGCCCCCGUCAAUCACCCCAAUUCCGAUGGGGAGACGCCUUUACACGUCGCCUACACGCUCUCAAUAGCAAGCCCUUUGCCCAUCGGGGAAACGGACGACCUCCUGGCGUGGGAUGUUGACGAGGAGCAGGGAUUUACGGUAGGCUGGGCUAUCGGAACCAACAACUUCUUUGGCCACGAAACUAUAAACGGCUUCCUCGGCUCGAUAAUUAGUGCUCCGGCGGAGGCAGAGAAGCGGGUACGAAACGCGAACGCAAUUUUUGACGCAUUGAUCCAGGCCGGGGCGGCUCAGAAUUUGCUGAAUGAGAAGGGGGAGACGGCAGCGAUGGUGAUGGCUCAGCAUGACUACCUAGACCAAGCACUGGGUGAGGUAAGCGCGCAUGAUCUCCUAGCGACUAGCGACUUUAUCGCCGAACGCCGGUGCGGAACGGGUGGAGACUUGUCCGUUGCGCCGUUCCGCACAGCCAUAACAGGCUUAGCGGCGCACCCGCCGACCAAAAUAGGGAAGGCUCCUUUCGCUCGCUUAUCCGCUCGAUCUGGGCCCACGUCUGUUACUGCUCUUCACCUUACUUCCACUGCCCUCUGGCGGGCAUCACUGGAUAUUCUUGGCAUUUCUCGCGGGCCCUUGGUCAUAUCUGCAUGUUUCGCAGGACUCAAGGACGUCGCAGUGCAUCUACUGUCUUCUAAUGAACACCUAAGCGAUUUCAACAACCAUCAGUCCCGUCUGCCUGCCGCUGAAAGCUCGGCUUUCACGUGUGACGAGACACGCCCGGAAUGCCUCGCUUGCGUGAAGAAAGGAGUAAAGUGCAGCGGCUACGAGCGUCCCGUGACCUUCAGAGACGUCACCACUCGAGCAGCCGAGUCUUCGAGGAAGUUUGAGGAAGCUAGAUGGGCCGCUCUACGUCUUGAGGAUGAGCGAAGGAAACGACGCCGUAUUGGGUCAAUCGGGGAGCCGUCCCCUGUCGCUCGGGAGUCAUCAACGCCGGAAAACAUUACAGAAAUGCCGGCGAGAGAUGAUACGUUGACAGCUCCGAUUCUGGCACCUAUGUCUCCAUGGCACGCGACGAACGCUGAGGGCUGGCUCGCUGGGUCCUUCACCUUACCGUGGUCACUUUUCGACACAUCUGGUGCUUCUUCCGCGAUUCAAGAUCCGCCUCAACAACAACAGGAGGUAGCCAGACCAAGGGAUACCUCGAGCGGAAUAGAGCAACCUACUACGUUCGAAAAUUCUGCCAACCGGUUGAUGCUGGCAAGUGGAGUACCAAACAGCUCGGCACCGGUAGCGGAAGCCCCGAGCCUAGCUUUGACGACUGGGUGGGACGAGUUCCUCGUCACCGACCGUUCGUCUCCGGGGUCUUCCACGUCCACUUCAUCUCCCCUAGGCGAACCGACGGCAGACUGCCAGCUAUCAAUACCUCUAGAAGAGGUCCUUAUUCAGCACUUCGACAGGAACGUCCUUCCUUUGAUACCAGUUGCUCUCUCCUUUCCGAAUCUCUUCCGCCAGAGUAGCUGUUUCCGAUCAGCGGUCCUAGCUCUGUCCGCCAGCAACAUUAAGCUGACGCAACCUCUUCCCAUCGACCCGCUCGUGCUCCGUCGAGUAUGCGACGACAGCAGCGUCUGGAUCUACUAUGACACAGCGGUCAAAGGCCUCCAAGCUCAACUUCAGAACGUGGAAAACUACCGCGGCGAGGAGCUCGCGGGCGCCGCUUUACUGCUUGCCUACCACGAGCUGGAAGCCGGCACAGCCCUUGGCAUCAGGAAUCACGCUACCGGGCUGGACGCCAUCGCAUCCAAGCUCGACUUUGCCGCGUCGUCCAUCCCCGACCUCUUCAAAGCCUGGCGGAUGCUUCGCUACGAUGUUCGUUUCAUGAUGUUGCCGACGCGAGCGACGUGCAAUGUUGUAGACAAUUACGAUGUCUCGAGUCUACUAGACCCACAGCUCGCAAUUCGUGAUAUAUUAUUCAGGCUACAUGGCCUUCAUGCACGCUACGCGAUGGAGGCUACAUUUAGCCAAGAUACGACCGCAGACGGCGAUAGCGCUUCAGAGAAAGUUGCACUGUGGCUUAUGUCUGUCCUCGGCCGGGAAUCGGAUCGCCGUAAUGUGCGCCUGAAGGACUUUCACAAGGAGAACCUCACACCUGACACGAUAUUGCGGCAGUGCGAUGUGUUUUCGCAUCGGCUGGAUAACUGGCACAAGGGACUCUGCGACCACGAUAUGCCGGUCGUCAAUCUUGGGGCGGAUUCGGAUCUGAUCAGUGGCGCUACUUUUGAGACCUUUGUCACUUACCGUUUCGGUGACACGAGAAAAGCUCUCGAGUACGUGAUUUAUCUCGUGUGUAGGAUGACGUGCAGCUACCUGCGGUCUCUGUUCGACCCGUCUGUGCAGUCUUCGGGCACAGAUGCACUCGCCAAGGUCGUUCUUGGUAUUGUUUGUGGCAUGAACAUGCAACAGCGGCAGCAAUUCACUGUUCUUCGGGUGGAUGUCCUGCUCAGGAUGGCUGCAGGCUUGUCCGAGGGCACAAACUUUAUCACCACCGUUCUCGACUAUCUGCUUCCAAGACUAAUUUCUUCAGGUCUCACUGGUCCUGACAUUGUUGCGUGGGUCUACUUGAAAUCAGCGUUGGAGCUUGAGCUUAGGGAAAGACGGAAGGGCAGAGCAAUCAGGAUGACCAUCGAUGGAGUCGAGGAAGACUGUGAGAUGUGGCAAUUGGUGAACAGGCAUCCCGUCGCUGCGUUUGGGGAUUACAAUGGGAAGGGGUACUUCAGGGAUUGCUAUGUCAUUGAGUGUCUAGGCUGA